GAGUUCAGGGAGGCUGCGUGUUCCAGCGGCCGCCGGUGAGCUCGACUCUCUAUCUACUGCGUUCAAUGGAGCGGUGCGGAGCUGCUUCUCUCAGUUUUAUACGCUUUUAGGGACUGACCUCGCGCUUCCUCGAGUCCGUCGUUUUAAAACACGCUACAAAUUACUGUUUAGUAUCCGUAUCGUAACUUGGUUUACAGGUUUUUACAGUGAAAAUGUCAGUGGUGGGGUUUGAUGUGGGCUUUCAGAACUGUUAUGUUGCCGUAGCCAGAGCCGGUGGAAUAGAGACUGUAGCGAAUGAAUACAGCGACAGAUGCACACCGGCUUUUGUAUCUUUUGGGCCUCGAAAUCGGGCAAUAGGUGCCGCAGCCAAAAGCCAGGUGGUCACAAACUGCAAGAACACUGUGCAAGGCUUUAAGCGAUUCCAUGGCAGGGCGUUCACUGAUCCGUAUGUUCAGUCAGCAAAGUCCAGUCUUGUCUAUGACCUCGCUCAGAUGCCCACAGGAACUACCGGCAUCAAGGUCAUGUACAUGGAGGAGGAGAAAGUGUUCAGUAUUGAGCAAGUCACUGGCAUGCUGCUCACUAAACUGAAGGAAACGGCUGAGGCUGCGCUCAAGAAGCCAGUGGCAGACUGCGUAAUUUCUGUUCCCAGCUUCUUCUCUGAUGCUGAGAGAAGAUCAGUCAUCGAUGCUGCACAGAUUGCUGGCCUGAACUGCCUGCGACUCAUGAACGAGACCACUGCAGUUGCUCUUGCUUAUGGCAUCUACAAGCAGGAUCUGCCAGCUGCUGAGGAGAAGCCCAGGACAGUUGUGUUUGUGGAUGUGGGCCAUUCUAGCUACCAAGUCUAUGCCUGUGCCUUUAACAAAGGAAAAUUGAAGGUUCUGGCCUCUGCGUUUGACCCUGAGCUAGGUGGCAAAGACUUUGACGAGAUGCUGGUUCAGUACUUCUGUAAAGAUUUUGGUGAGCGGUACAAGCUGGACGUGCGCUCAAAGCCCCGCGCUCUGGUGCGCCUCUACCAGGAGUGUGAGAAGCUGAAAAAGCUCAUGAGCGCCAACUCCUCGGACCUGCCUCUCAAUAUUGAAUGCUUCAUGAACGACAUCGACGUCACUGGUAAACUCAACAGAGGCCAGUUCGAGGAGAUGUGUGCAGGGCUACUGGCCAAAGUGGAGGGUCCCCUACGCAGCGUCAUGGAACAAGCCAAGCUAAAGAAAGAGGACAUCUAUGCGGUGGAGAUUAUUGGAGGUGCCUCAAGGAUCCCCGCCAUCAAAGAACGAGUCAGCAAGUUCUUUGGAAAGGAGAUGAGUACAACGCUGAAUGCGGACGAAGCUGUGGCCAGAGGCUGUGCUCUGCAGUGCGCGAUCCUGUCACCUGCUUUUAAAGUGCGGGAAUUUUCCAUCACAGACGUGGUUCCAUACCCUGUCUCGCUUAGAUGGAAUUCAGCAGCUGAGGAAGGCUUGAGUGACUGUGAGGUAUUCCCAAAGAAUCAUCCGGCACCCUUCUCUAAAGUGUUGACCUUCUACCGCAAGGAGCCCUUCUCUUUGGAAGCUUACUACAACAAUCCAAAGGAGCUGCCAUAUCCAGAUCCUACCAUAGGUCAGUUCCAGAUCCAGAAAGUGGUACCACAGGCAUCGGGUGAAAGUGCGAAAGUUAAAGUGAAGGUGCGAGUCAAUGUCCACGGUGUCUUCAGUGUUUCCAGUGCCUCCCUGGUGGAGGUCCUGAAGUCUGGUGAGGGAGAGGAGCCCAUGGAGACAGACACAGCUGGCAAAGACGAAGAGAACAAGAUGCAGGUGGACCAAGAGGACAAAGAGAAGGCUGAUGGACAGAAAGAAAAUGCGGACAAGAAAUCUGACACAGAAGACAUGGAGACUUCAAAUGAGGAGAACAAACAGGAGAAGAAGACUGACCAGCCACCACAAGCCAAGAAGCCCAAAGUCAAGACCAAGACUGUGGAUUUGCCCAUAGAGAACAGCCUGCACUGGCAGCUUUCCAAUGACAUGCUCAAUCUUUUUGUGGAGAAUGAGGGAAAGAUGAUCAUGCAGGAUAAACUGGAGAAGGAGAGGAACGAUGCCAAGAAUGGUGUGGAGGAGUACGUGUAUGAGAUGAGGGAUAAACUGCAUGGAGUGCUGGAGAAGUUCGUCAGUGAAGAAGACCGAGAUGCUUUCUCUCUGAAGCUUGAGGACACAGAAAACUGGCUCUAUGAAGAAGGAGAGGACCAACAGAAACAAGUCUACAUUGAUAAACUGACAGAGCUGAAGAAACUGGGGCAGCCCAUUCAGGAAAGAGCUAUGGAGGCAGAAGAGAGACCAAGAGCUUUCGAGGAGCUUGGGAAGCAGAUCCAGCAGUAUAUGAAGAUUAUAGAAGCAUACAAGGCAAAGGAUGAGCUGUACGACCAUUUGGACGAGCUGGAGGUCAUGAAGGUGGAAAAGCAUGUAAACGACGCCAUGGCCUGGCUGAACAACAAAAUGAACCAGCAGAGCAAACAGAGUCUUACAGUGGCACCUGUAGUCAAAUCUCAAGAAAUUCAAGCCAAAACAAAGGAAUUGUACUCCGCAUGCAACCCCACCCUCUCCAAAUCCAAGCCCAAAGUGGAGCCGCCAAAGGAAGAGAAGGCGGCUGAACAGAACGGCCCCGUUAACGGACAGGAGGGCACAGAAGACCAGCCCAAUAGCCCAGCCAAGGACCAGCCUGCACCAGAAUCAGGCACAGAGUCCAAGCUGCCAGAAAUGGACAUUGACUGAUUUUCUUGGUCAAGGCUCUGCUCAUCCCACUGUCCGACCUCUUUGUACCCACCUUUCUCAUGCCUCCAAAAUAUGACUGAAACGAACUAAAGUUAGCAUCUCAGCCUGAUUGUUUUUGACGACACUGUCUGCCUACUCCCGCAAAUACUCUUGAACUUGCCAUGUAUGGCCUGUUUCUGCUUUCGUUGUUGAUGUAUAAGAAAAUUAUUCAUGCAGUCACGUUCAUCAAGCUGUACUCUCCUCUGCACAGUAAAGAAGUGUUACGAGUGGAAAAUAGGAACAUGGUCACAAACAUGGUUAUGCAAUUACUGAGGAUAGAAACGCAAGAGUUCGAAACUCUACAUUUUUUCCUCCCUUUUUUUUUUUUUGUUUUUGUUUUUUGAAUCCCCUUCCUAUUAAUCGAGCAAUCUCUUGACCUUUAGGAUGUGUUGCUUCUAGAUGGAUGAAGUGUCACUUCGGGGUUGUUUUCACUCCAUAAAUUCAAAGCGAAGUUAAGUUUGGAAGCUCUGAAGUGGAGUAUAAUAGUAGCUGACCAAGGCGAAGCGUAGCGGCAGCGGUAUGUAUGCCCACUGUAUGUUGAAGUAGGUUUAUGUUACUGUUAUGCAGUAUUUCAUUUUAUAAAGGCACAUCACUUUGUGCCCAUGGCUUGUGUGUGUAUGGUUGCUUUCUGGAAUAUUCCUGGAGUUUUUGUAUUUCUACUCUGCUGCCGGUGGGAAUGGUGGAGACCAACGUGGUGCUUGGUAUUCUUUUCCACUCGCCAAAAAAAAAGAAAAAUAUAAUAAACCAUUCAUUUUGGUACACCGAUAUGAGAAUUGUUUGAAAUGUCUGCUACAGCUUUUUUGGAAGAAUGAAAAGGUUCCUGUUGACACAACUUUAUUUUUUAUUUUUUUCAGGACUUUUCGAUAUGAAAAGUAAAAAAGUUGUACAUAGUAAUUUGGUUCGCAGAAUAUUUAUGCUUUCCAUUUUUGCUGAGGUGAAAUAAAGGUUUCGGAAGGAUUACUAACUGA